AUGCUCGGCUUUCGACCUGACAACCCGUCGCUCACUCGACUGGCCGUCGUUGCAGCCGCUGUCGUUGCACUCGGGGCGCUAUCCGUCUCGGCCCAAGACUCGACCGGUUCGACUGUAACCUGCGACGUCCCGCAGUACCUCGACUCCACCACCAACGAGUGCGUCAACUAUUCUUCGCGCGGUGAGAAGGCCGGCAGAGCCUAUGACACCACCAUCGACUCCGGCAACACGGCGUGGAUGCUCAUGUCCAGCGCCCUCGUGAUGCUCAUGACCCCGGGUGUUGCUUUCUUCUACGCCGGCUUGGCAGGAGAGGAAAUGGCUUCGAACACGAUGAUGAUGUCGUUCGUGAGCAUGGCCCUAGUGUCGAUCCAGUUCUGGGCGUUUGGAUACUCGGCGUGCUUCAGCUCCGACGGCAUUUUCGCUUGGGCGGGCUACAACAACGUCGGUGCCAUCGCCAGUGGCACUUACGGUGGUGGUAUCCCUCACAUCCUGUUCGCCUUCUUCCAGACGCAGUUCGCCAUGAUCACUCCAGCGUUGAUCAGCGGUGGAAUUGUCGGCCGCAUGAAGUUCGGCAGCUAUUUGUUGUUUAUUCUGCUCUGGACGUCCAUCGUCUACGAUCCGCUCGCUCGCUGGAUGUGGUCGCUCAAGCUCGAUGAGAACUGGGAGGUCACCGCCAUGGGCUGGGAGGGCAAGAUGGGAUCGCUCGACUUCGCCGGCGGCACCGUCAUCCACGUUUCCAGUGGCUUCGGUGCUCUCGUCGCGGCCAUUGUGGUCGGUAAGCGCUACAACCACGGCGAGCCUGUCAAGCCGCACAACGUCCCGUUGGUGAUGAUCGGCGCUACGCUGCUGUGGUUCGGCUGGUUUGGCUUCAACGCUGGCUCACAGGGAGCCGCUGACGGCAUCGCUGCGAUUGCCGCCAUUAACACGCACCUGGCCCCAUGUGCAGGGUUCUUGACGUGGUCGGCGCUUGAGUUUGCUAUCCACAAGAAGUUUGACCCGUGUGGAGCCAUCAGCGGCGCAGUGGCCGGUCUUGUUGCCAUUACACCGGGCUGUGCCUUUGUGUACCCGUGGGCUGCUGUCAUUUUCGGUGUCGUUGGAGCUGCAACGGGUUUCGGAGCCGUGCACCUCAAGAACGUGCUGCGUUAUGAUGACACGCUGGACUCGUUCGGCAUCCACGGCUGCGGCGGCUUCAUGGGCGGUCUGCUCACGGGGCUCUUUGCCACGUCCGACGUCAACCCCGCCAUCGAGGGUGGCGCCUUCUACGGCAACGGCAUGCAGUUCGUGCACCAGCUCAUUUCGCAGUGCGUGGCGGCGGGAUACUCGGCCGUGGUGACGUUCCUGAUCCUGAUGGCGCUCAAGUACACGGUGGGUCUGCGCGUGUCGGAGGACAAGGAAGUGAACGGCAUGGACGUCUCGUACCACGGAGGCCAGGCGUACGAUUACAGCGCGCACGGUGGAGUAGGCGGCGCACUAGGUUCGCCCACAGUCAAGGCGGCCAACCCUCCUGCUGGCGACUUCAUGAGCAUGAUGACCCCGGGCCCGUCCACGGUGAACGGUGUCAACAACACUGGAAGGGAACUCUAA